AUGGGAUCACAAGGGCCCGCGGUUGACAAAACCCUUAGCUGUGAAAGAGAAUCCGAGUGUGCGAAAUUGGUGUCCGGCUCAGGAAUCUGCGCGAAGCGAGUGGUGGUAGUGACCAAGGACCUUCUCAACGGCCAGCCGACCGCAGUCGUGCGCGCCGAGCAGAUCGCCAUAUCAGGAGGUCUGGUGAGGCAGAAGCUGAAGUACAUGAAGUUCCUCAGGAAGCGCAUGAAUACCCAACCCUCUCCCCCCAAAAUCUUCUGGCGCAACGUCCGAGGGGAUUUGAGGCUUCUGAAGGGCCACAAAUACUGCUUGUUGGGUCAGCUUUCGUCUGAGGAGCUAGAGAACAAGAGGAAGGAGAUGGCUCAGGUGGCAUAUGAGAGGAAGAAGCAGCUAACCAAACUUAGGUUGAAGGCUGAAAAUCUGCAGACGAGAAGCUUGGUUCCCAGCUUGAACUCCUUUCUUCGGUGACAUAUUAAAAGUCUAGGGCUAUGAAGUGGUGUCGUCUAUUUUACCCUGCUAGUCAUACAUUUUUUUUGUUGCGGAUUACAUCUCGGUGAGUUUCCUUCUGCUUUUAUUCGAGAUUACAUCUUAGUGAACUUCUUGUGGGGCAUCUUGCUUUGAGGAUCUUUUAUUCUGAUAAUUUUAAAUUAGGAACUUGUUUA